CAUGGACAUGGGAACAAGAACUGUCACUGAGAAGCCGUGGUGGACCCUGCCUGAAAACUUUGAUGCUCCAAUGGUGUUCCACAUGGAAGCGGACCAGGAGGAGCUUAUCUUCGGGCACAGUGACACCUACCUUCGCUGCAUCGAGAUGAACAGCCGCACCCUUAUUCAGCUGGAGAGCUGGUUCACAGCUACAGGCCAGACUCGUGUGACUGUAGUGGGACCACACAGGGCCAGGCAGUGGCUGCUGCACAUGUUCUGUUGCAUGGGGAGCCGGGACUCCUAUCGUCAUGCUCGAGGUCUGGAGAUGCUGGAGCGUGUCCGGAGCCAGCCCCUGACCAACAAUGACCUGGUCGUCUCCAUUAGCAUGCCACUGUACACUGGAGACCCGUCUUUGGUUCCCAGGAUAAGUGGAACCAUCUGUCUUAGUGUUCCUCAGCCUUCCCCUUACCAAGUGAUGGGCUGUUGUUCGGGAUUCCACCUCUGAGUUCACUCUAUCCAUAAUUAAGGACUGAUCUCCCUGGGAAGUUUCUGAUGAGAGAAGUCUUGGCUUCACUUUUGGUGAGGAAGACAAGAAAGACACCGAAGAAAGCUUGAAUUUCUGGGUCGAGUCCUGUCUGUCUCAUGCCUUCUAGG